UGAACAUAACACUCAAUUUCAACUCCUUACUCUUUACACUCGAUAAAAUAAGUAGGCCAUUCCCUAAUCUAGUGCUUUACAAUAAUAUCAAAUCACCUAACCAUGGCGCCUACACAACCGAGGUCAGCCUUUCUCUUAAUCGACGUCCAACAAGGCCUCACACAUCCAACCCAUUGGGGCCCUUCAAGGAGUAACCCAUCCUUCGAACAAAAUACCGAAUCCCUCCUAAGCAGCUAUCGCAAACUCCUCGCCUCAAGUACCUCAUCAACGUCCCCGGCACGCCACAAGAUAAUCCACGUGCAACACUCCUCCCUCCACCCCGACUCACCACUGCACCCUCCAUCCGCAGGCUUCUCAUUCCAACCAUUCGCUACUCCACUCACAUCCGAACUCAUCAUCACCAAAACCGUCAACUCUGGCUUCAUCGGCACGAACCUCGAGGAAGUCCUCCGAAAACACUUUGCUGGCGAGCCAGGAAAAUUGUAUCUUGCCGGUCUGACGACGGACCAUUGUGUCAAUACGACGACACGAAUGGCGGGGAAUUUGAAAGUUGCAGAUGGAGAGAAUGGAGAGGCAGGAGAGGUGGUUUUUGUGGAGGAUGCGACGGCUGCGUGGAAGAAGCCGGACGGCGAGUUUGAUGCGGAAAUUGUUCAUAGAUUUAACACGGAGAGCUUGAGAGAAUUUGCUACGAUUACGAAGACGAAGGAGGUUGUCAAAGUGUGGGAGAGUUGGGCGGCCUAGGUUGGAGUCUGGAAUCGGAGUGUGAAAUGAGCUCUCUGUAACUCCUCAUGAGUGCCAAGCGUGUUUACAAUUGUCGUCUUUUCAUACUAAUCGAUCUCCCUCGAGGUUCUCCUACUGAAUCCUGUCGAUCAAUCCUCACACUGCAUGCUGCUAAGUUACUGCUUCUCAAAGUC